AUGAAAACGGAAAAGAAACAGUGUGGUGAGGGAGUUGUUGACAGAAUAAGUGAAUUACCUGAUGAGAUCAUAUACAUCAUACUCUCUUUUCUAAAGGUGAGGGCAGCUGCGGCCACUAGCCUUCUUUCUCACCGAUGGUUGGGUUUGUGGAAGCACACUUAUCAUCUCAGAUUUAACGACACUAGUCGCUCUUGCAACAUAAAAACCGAGCAUGCUUCAUGGGAUGCGGAGACGUGCAAGAAUGUCAAAUUGGUGAAUUCGGUCCUGAAAUCGCAUCAAUCGCCUUUCCUCAACCUUUUCAUGAUCCAUUUUUACAUAAACAAGUCAGCACAAAGCAUAGUCGCCAAAUGGCUCGAAUUUGUGUGGUCGAGACAAGUUAAGAGUUUGGAUUUAGACUUGUGUUGUGUGAGUGAAAAUAAUGCAGUUGUGUUAGGAGAUUCGCUGGGAGAGAUGAAACCUAUGAAAUAUCUCCAGACUUUGUAUUUUACUAACAUUAAAGUGAGUGGUGAAGACAUCGCCUUGUUCUUAAAAAACUGCCCUAUUCUGAGGAAAUUGGAUAUAACAGAUUCUUCUUUGACGUCAGAUGCUCAUGUCUCCGGCACAGCCCUCAUGUUGGAGGAUCUUCGAAUAAGUCGAUGCAACAUUAGGGAAUCCGUUAUUAACAUUGAUUCUGCUCUAAAUCUCUCAAUAGUUGUUGUUGAUGCAAAACCGGAGCAACUAUGGUUCAACAAUGUUCCAAGACUUGCUCUAGCAAAUCUUCGAAUCGCAAGUCCAAGAUAUAGAAUGCAACAUUUUUUAUCUGCAGUAUCUUGCUUUACUUCCCAACUCCAAAAACUUCUGCUGUAUCUCACAUACCCUAAGAAGCUUUUGAGGAAAGGGUUUCCUCAGAUGCCUAAUCUCAAAGUGUUGAUCAUUAGAGAGAGCUCAGCGUAUGAGCACGGAUGUCUCUUGCCGAUAACAUCUGUAAUAUCGGCAUGUCCUCGUCUUCAGAGAUUCUCGAUCGUGUUUCUUGAGAAUGUUAAAUAUGCAACACCAGGUGUUGAAAGAUGUCCACACCAACAGCUCAAUACAGCAAGCUUUCGAGGGUCUUGUGCGACCAAUAUCAUCAAAUCGGUGACAUAUUUUUCAGAUAGUUGCGAUGCAUUUCAGAAAACAAAUACUUGUGCUCCGCUUAUGAGCAAGGCCGAGGUACGAGCUCACAUGGACCACCUGAAACAACUUCAGGUCGAAUUAUCUGAUCAAGUUCUACUCGAGUUUUUCAAGUUUAAGAAAAGAAUCCGCUAGAGAGGAAUUUGAAUGGAAAAGUACUAUUUAUGUAGCAUUAGCUAAUGGUUCAAAAGCAAAUUUGAAGAUGGCCUAUCCUCUUUAUAUGUUGUGGGAAAGGAGGCGUCGUAUGUUUAUUUUACCAUACAAUAAUUCUUUUUAAUUUGAUGUAUGUAUUGUGAAUA